AUGCAAAAUACUCAAGCUCAGGAAUAUAAUGUCAAAGCUUAUAUAGAUGAUCCUGAAGAAAGUUUAGAGGAAUUAUUUGAUCAUUUUGAUCAUUUUGCAGAAAACCUUCAAGAUUUUACUAUAAAUCCUGAUUAUUUGCCUACUAAUGUAAUUUUAAUUAAACAUAACAAUGUCUCGAACCAUAAUAAAUUUACAGAAGAUGUUAUGUAUCUUGUCUUACUAAAUACAGAUUAUCAUGAAUGGGUUCAACAAUUUGGUACUUACCAAACUGUAACUAGUCAAAGUUAUUCUGAUAAAAAACCAAGAUCAAACCAAAAAGAGAGCAAAAAAUGUGAUUGUAAAUCACAAAUAAUCAUUACUAUUAAAAAAACAUUUAGUGAAUCCAAAAUGCUCAUAAAAUAUGUUUCACAUACUAAUCAUAUUUCGGGUUCUGAUAGUGAUAUUGGAAAACAUAAUGAACAAGAUAUAGGUAUGCUUUUUGGUUUUACAAUUCCUACUAGAAAAAAGGUUCUUUGUGAUGCUUUAAUUAUUCUUCUUGAUGCAACACAUGGAAUGAAUAAGCAUAAAGAUCUAUUAUACACACUACUAGCACCUGAUCCAAAGACUGGAAAAGGUAUUACACUUGCACAUUUAUUAUCUUUACAUAAAAGCUUCAAAUCUGUUCAGUACUGGCUUAGCAAACUUAAUGAUCAAAUUCCUAAUUUGCAAGGCCUAGUUGCUUUUAUGCAUGUUUCAAGGGCUUGGAGAGAUAAUCUUAAAAAGGUUUAUAAAGAAAAAAAGAAUACAAAAGGGAACAAAAUUAAGUUGGCUGAAAAAAGAGCAUUAGAAGAAGAAUUAUUUGCUGAUCUAAAAUAUAUUAUGCAUGUUGAUGAUAUAAAUACUGCUAAAGAUCAUCUUGCAGAUAUUCGAGCUGAACAGAUGAUGCCAGCAGAGAGAGAAACUCAUCUGAGAAAAGUAAAAGUACAAGCAUUAACAAAUACUGUCAUUAAAGUUAAUAAUAGUAAAUGCUGUUGGACAGUAGCAUCAAAAACCAAGCCAGAAAUAAGAUAUUCAAUAGUGAAAAAUUUAGAACAUGACCAAUUCGAACAACAACUUUCAUGCACCUGUUUAGAUUUUAAAGCACGUUAUCUUCCUUGUAAACAUAUUUAUGCAAUUAUUUUUCAUCAAUUUCCUUCACUUAACAAAAAUAUCAAUUCAACUUAUUGA